AUGUCUUUAGCCAAAUUCAUACAAUAUAUUGAAAUAAGCUUUUUGAAUGAAUUUUGGAAUGCUCUCAUGCCGGAAUCGCAAGUAAGACCUUCUUUUCAAUAAUGCCUUAGGUAUUUUAUGAUCGUGGAAACGAGAUUUUCAUUUUCAGAGAAUUAACUCAAAUAUUUAUAAUCUUCAAAAAUCAACUACAAACAGUGGUGAGAAUUAAGAUCCCACAUAUUGGACCGAUUUACAGCAUGAAUGUCCAAUAGGAUCUAUCAUAUGUUGCAUAUUAAACAACUGAAAACCAAUUGGUAAUUUGUUCUCAAGAAAUGCUUAGUACUUGUUUUCGACAAAAGCAAAUAGGCAAUUCAAUUACACAGUUCAAACAGAGAAGAAUUCAUAAAUUAUAUAGUUUGAAUGGGCCAAAGGUUGUUUGGGACUAUUUGACAUACUCGUGGUUGAAAAUCACGGAAUACAUCUCCUUAAAAUAGAGGAUUAAGUGAGGAAAGUCAAGUUUUUAUAACAAAAGAUCAGUUGGUGUUGGUAUGAACCAAAAAAUGAGGUGCUGGCCACCUGCAGCACUCAUCAUAAUGGCUUGAUAUCCACAUAUUACUUUAAGGAAAAGCGAAAAGAUUUCAAAUUCAAAGGGCAGGAUUUUCCUUUAGAAGAUUUCGAACCAAAAGAAGGUACUUCAGCCUUUGCUUCACUAUUUAAAUCCAAAAAAACAGACACCUAACUAUUUAGUGCUCCCACCGAUAAGAAAAACAAAGAUUUAAGUUAAGAUGACUAACAAAUCGACUCAAUUUAUAGAGUCUAUUUAAUAUACUUGUAUGGGAAAUCACUCUUGGCCUAUUCGAAUUCAACAACUGGUCACUUGUUAUUCUAUUAACUAUAAUAUGAGAAAAUAACUAAGAAGGAUCCACUUAAAUUUUAUCCUGACAGUGCUGUAAUUCAUUUUUAUUAGAUCUUAGGUUAAUCUUUCAGUUGUUGAUAAUCUCAUAGUCUUAUCUUCUUAUAACGAAAAAGUGUCUAUUUACUUCGAUAUCCAAUACAAAAAAAAUCCUGAUGUUCCCCUAGAAAAACCCUAAUGCAUCUUAUAAUAUUAAGAAACUUAGCCUAAUAAAUAUCAAGAAACAGAAAAGAAGCAGGGCAUUCAGAAUGAUUAGACAUAGAAUUAAUCAUCAGCAAUGAAAGAGCAAAAAUAGGAACUUGAUGAAAAAGGUGAUGUGAAGGAGGAGGAUGAAUCGAAAUAGAAUUAGAAAUAGAAUGUAACAUAAAUGGAACAGUAAGAUCAUAAAUAAAAUUAAAUUCAGAAUUCACAUAUUUAAUAAAAUGAGGAAGUUCAAUAGUAUGGUGCUUCUUAGUUUAUUUAUGAUGUUUAAACUUUAAUCCAAGAAAUCAGAUAGUCUGAAGAGUUUUCUCAAACAUUCUAAGUGAAAAUGAAACUUCAUCAACUCUCACGAAAUCAUGCUUAAUUAAAGGAAGAAUAAAGCAAUAUUUGUAAUAUUUAUGUUAAUAUUUAGAUGAAUAGAGUUGUAUUUAUUAGUAGGAUGACUUGAUAAUUAAUUACAAAGACAAAUAGAUUUACUAAUUUAAGUUAAAUUUAAAAUACUUACCAAAGAUCUUUAAUGAAUAUUCAGAUGCAUUUUGUGCAUUAUUAGGGAGAAACGAUUGUAAAAAUGCCGUCUUUCAAUUCUUAAUAUAAUUGGCAUUGAAUAAUGAGCCAAUUUAGCUCUUUUCCUAAAUCUACAAAUACAUUUUAGAUAUUUAUGUAAGAUCCUUGUAAGAAAAAACAGGAAAUACUCCAGCAGAAAAACUAUAAAAUGGAUUCACUGUACUAUAGCCAUCAGAUUUAGCAACCCAUUUUUUUAAAUGCUUAUCUGAGGAUGGAAACAUGAAGAAAUAAUUCUUAAUUGAAAUUCUGAUUGAGUUUAUUCGAAAAUUCUAGGAGAAGCUAAAGGAUUACAGGAUUUCAAUCAGCGAAAUCUAAAAUCUAUUAAUCAAAUUAUUAAUCAAGACUAAUAGAUAUACUCAAUUGCAUUUUCUAAUUCAAUAUCAAGUUUUAACUGAUAACCUAGACUUUGCAAAACUAUUGACUGAAAUCAGCAGCAAAGAAAUUAUUGAUUAAAGGAAUCUAUAACCUUACGAACCAGCUUUCUAGUUAGGAGCAGAUAUGUACUUCAGAUUAUAAAGGUAUGAAGAACUUCUAGAAUAAUUGUUAAAAUUUGGAAAAGUAUAUGCAUAACGUUAUUUUAGUUUCAUGACGCAGCCUUUUUACUUUAAAAGAUACCAAAUAUAAGAAUGAAAUUUGAACCAAUCUAACACGGCAUCAGAUAUGCUGAUUGCUCAAAAGAGGAUUUGAUUGUAUUCUUAGAAGAUGCAUAUAGAAAAUAAAAAACUCAAUUUAGUAGUGCAGAAGUGAAAGCUUUAUGA